ACUUUUUUUUUCAUGAAAAUAUAUUUAGUUUGAAAAGGUUUUAUUUGUAUUUUUUCCCAGAUUUUGCUUAAAGGGUAUUAAAGGUGUCUUUGAUCCAUCUUAAUCCUGAUUUGAGCCUAACCCAAAUGCCCUGCAGCCAGGUGUGUUCUCAUGGUUUAAUCCUCCUAUUGUGAUGUCACAGCUCCACAAAUGGGUGUGUUCUCACGGUUUUAAUCCUCCUGUUGUGACAUCACAGUCUGGUCCAGCAAGCCUGUGCCUGAACACUGCGGUUGUUGGCAGGUCUGCCUUUCCCCUGUUCUGUGGCCAGAUCGACAUCCCGCAAUGCACCUCCCCGGAGCUAAUGCCAUUCUCUCAUAGAAAGAUGGCCGUUACCAUCCGCAUCUUGACGACAAGCCACCUGCGAUGACCUCGCCCCUUGACGACGACCUAACUCCUUUACCUCAUUUGUUUGCAUUGCGUGGAGGGAACUCAAUUCAGCACAAUGCAGCCAGAGUUCACCACACUGUUUUUCAUAAGCCCCCGAUCUGUUUGCCAGCAAAAGUUCAAAGGGACCCUGUACGUCCUGGGACAGUGCAUAAAAGACCCAAUAGCUCUUUAUGAAGUGUGAGAUCGCUGAUGAUUCAUCUAAGGGGGCUGAACUCGAGCCGUGAUUCAGUCGCAGUUUUAUGGGUGGGAAGCUUUAGAAAAAGGGAUUGCUUCCAAUAUCGGGAGGAAGAACGUACUCACGUCUCCGCCAGUCGCCACGGCGAAUACCUGUCGCGUGUUGGAGCCUGAAGCACCUGUUUACAGUUCUGUAGGGAGGAGGAGGAGGAAAGGAGAGGCAGGAGUCCGUGACAGGGGAGGCCCCGCCCAGUCUGAACGUGUCUCCGCGCUUCAGGACCAUGGGAACCACUCACAUGAAGGAGAAGAACCCCAAACCUCCCCCAGUGGAGGCGGUGGCCACGAUCGUGAGGAGCCAGCCCGACGGUCACAUGACCUGGAUCUACCACCCCAAGAGUCUGCCGGGCUACGGGGGCACCGAGCGCAUCGAGAUCUAUUUCGAGUUCGACGACGGAAUGCAGACGGAGAAGCAUCCGCACCCGGGGCAGCCGUACCGUGGCAACAACACCACCGCGUUCCUGCCCAACAACAAGGAGGGCGAGAAGGUGGUGACGCUCCUGAAGAAGGCCUUCGACCAGCGCAUGCUGUUCAACGUGCAGACCGACAGCAGCGGCCAGGACGCCGUCGUCCUGAGCGACAUUCCCCUCAAGACCCGCGACGACACCUUGGGACCCAGCAGCAUGUGCUAUCCGGACUCAAACUACCUGAAGACGGUGAAGGACAUUCUCAACUCCAAAGGCAUCGAUUGAAGUGACAGAUGAAAGGACAGACAGCCGGAUUCCUGUUUGAAACCCUUGGAAGAAUGGACAGCAAAACUCUUUUUUUUUUUUUUUUUCUUAUCGAUAUAUAUAUAUAUAUUUUUCAUAAAUCUCCACUGCUUUAUUUACUAACAGAGAUGGAUCUUUCUUUUUUUUAAAUAAAAAAAAUUGUUUGAUAUGUUUUGGGAGAGAAAUUGAAAGAUUUGUUAGCACGUUAGCACACUAACUGCAUAAACAGGGGCGUCGGUUUAGCCGUUAGCAGAUAGCCGCCUUCAGCUGCCUACAGCAGCCCCACAGGCUGUCAAUCUCCACGCCCUCGUUGUCACCCUCUGUGGGCGAUGGCCCCAGUGACUGGCGUUAGCUCACAGCGACAUGGGCCAGGGGCGGGCCCCACCUGUUUCUGCAGGGGCCCGUUAAGGCGUAGGAUCACACGCGUGAAUAGAACAGGGCCGUCCAAUCAUGGGCCGUGUAGGGCCAGGGGUCCGGCGUAGCGAAACGUUUUUCCGAUUUCACUAAUUAACAUACCUUCGACCACAGAGGCGGGAGCCAAUUAGUGAAAUUAGCAGGUGAACUGAUUGGUUGGAGUGAGCACUCCCGGCCCUACAGAGCCUGUGAUUGGGCAGCCCUGGAAUAGAACGUUCAGAACUGGACAUUCUAAUGCUGAUGUAACAAUCACCACUGGAGAUAGAAC